GUCGUGCCCCGGAAGUAGAGGGGCCAUGUUGAUGGGUGACCCGGAGAGAGGUACUGGGCGAGUGGCGAGUCCUGAGGAAAGGUAGCGCGUGGUCCGCGGCCCUCCGUUGUUUUUCUGCAUCUUUUGCAUCCCGGAAGACCCUCAGGGCCAAAGGGGAGCUGUUCUGCAGUUGAGGAAAAAGGGACAGCGGUGGCUUGCCCCGGUUCGCGCUGGAAGUUAGCAAGGGUUAUGGGGAGGAUUCCUCCUUCCAGCCUAGUUUUGAGGUUGGUGAGCCCUGGGCCCUGUGCUGGCAAAGUUUGCUGAACGCCCUGAAGUGCACACAUAGUGUGACGAUUAGUACACGUCGGUCCCCCAUGGCCCCUUGGAGCCGAGAGGCAGUGCUGUGUCUGUACCGGGCUCUGCUGCGCCAAGGCCGAGAGCUUCGCUACACUGAUCGAGACUUCUACUUUGCUUCCAUCCGCCGAGAAUUCAGGAAAAAUCAGAAGCUUGAGAAUCUGGAGGCUCGAGAGAAGCAGCUGGAGAAGGGCCUGGUCUUCCUCCAUAGCAAACUAGGAGGCCUUAUCUAGGAUCCUCUUUUCCCCUCCUACCCCAGUCCCAAGACGAAGACAAAGGUGCCUUCAGAGACACUCCCGGCUCCCCACCCCACCUCACAGAUGCAUUAGGAAGCCUCAGGUGAGCAAUGGCAGGCGCUGGUGAGCGCAAAGGGAAGAAGGAUGACAAUGGCAUUGGUACGGCCAUCGAUUUUGUGCUCUCCAAUGCCCGGCUGGUGCUGGGUGUGGGUGGAGCAGCUAUGUUGGGCAUUGCCACACUGGCAGUUAAGCGGAUGUAUGACCGGGCAAUCAGUGCCCCUACCAGCCCUACCCGCCUAAGCCAUUCAGGGAAGAGGAGCUGGGAGGAGCCAAACUGGAUGGGCUCUCCUCGCCUAUUGAACAAGGACAUGAAGGCAGGCCUGAGCCGGUCCCUGCAGACCCUUCCCACAGACUCUUCUGCCUUUGACACAGAUACAUUCUGCCCACCCCGGCCCAAACCAUUGGCCAGGAGGGGCCAGGUAGACUUGAAGAAGUCACGACUCCGCAUGUCCCUGCAGGAGAAACUUCUUUCUUACUACCGGAACCGGGCAGCCAUCCCUGCUGGAGAGCAGGCUCGGGCCAAGCAAGCUGCGGUGGACAUAUGUGCUGAGCUCCGGAGCUUCCUGCGGGCCAAGCUGCCUGAUAUGCCACUUCGGGACAUGUACUUGAGUGGCAGCCUCUAUGAUGAUCUGCAGGUGGUGACGGCUGACCAUAUCCAACUCAUUGUCCCCCUUGUGCUGGAGCAGAACCUGUGGUCAUGCAUACCUGGGGAGGACACCAUCAUGAAUGUCCCUGGUUUCUUCCUGGUUCGUCGUGAGAACCCAGAGUACUUUCCUCGUGGUAGCAGUUAUUGGGACCGAUGUGUUGUAGGUGGCUACCUCUCCCCAAAGACAGUGGCAGACACCUUUGAGAAAGUGGUGGCAGGCUCCAUCAACUGGCCAGCCAUAGGGUCCCUCUUAGACUAUGUGAUCCGACCAGCACCACCCCCAGAGGCCCUGACACUAGAAGUUCAGUAUGAGAAGGACAAACAUCUUGUCAUUGACUUCCUGCCAUCAGUAACCCUUGGUGACACUGUCUUGGUGGCCAGACCACACCGGUUAGCUCAGUAUGACAACCUGUGGCGGCUGAGCCUUCGCCCUGCUGAGACAGCACGCUUACGGGCUUUGGACCAGGCGGACUCCGGCUGCCGGUCUCUUUGCCUCAAGAUCCUCAAGGCCAUAUGCAAGUCCACUCCAGCUCUGGGCCACCUCACUGCCAGCCAGCUAACCAACGUCAUCCUCCACUUGGCCCAGGAGGAGGCUGACUGGUCUCCAGACAUGUUGGCUGACCGGUUUCUACAGGCCCUGAGGGGACUCAUCAGCUACUUGGAGGCUGGGGUCUUGCCCAGUGCCCUGAACCCUAAGGUGAACCUAUUUGCAGAGCUCACCCCUCAAGAAAUAGACGAGUUGGGAUAUACCCUCUACUGCUCGCUGUCUGAGCCGGAGGUGCUGCUGCAGACGUAGGGCAGGUAAAGGCCCAGUCUCUCCGUUAGAAACACUUGGCUACGUGGUUGGUGCCUCACAGGGUCCCUAGGUGCCUCCUGUUUUGCUGGUAAUUGUCCUGGUCACUUCAUGCUGAUGAGAUUGACGUCCCUGCGGUUUCCCCACCCACCCCUAUUUUUGUAACCAAGCACUGUGCUCCCCACUUGCCGCCUUACUCUAGGCUGAGUUUUUUUGUUUUUUGUUUUUUUGGUUUUUUUUUUUUUUUUUUUUGGAACAAACAGAGGGUGUGGAGUGCUGGCCUCAGCCUUUGGGUGUUUUGUUUUUGGCCCGGUUUUCUUGCUUUUCUGUCUGCUAUGUCCGGUUCUGCCCCUUGGCCUCUUGUUUGCUCUCUUCUCUAUCUUUCUCUUUCUUGGUCACCCUGGUGGCUCUUGUCCCCAGAGUACAUUUGCCUAAUGAAGAUGUUGCCUGUAGUUGAUGUCACAGAAGAGUGAUUGCAUGUUUCCAGGCUGAGCUCUGCAGAGGAAUAAGACAGUAUUUAGGUUUCCAGGGUGAGGCUGGCAAAGAGCCUCUGCCCUGGCAAAUCAGCCUUUGCCCAUGGUUCCUGGAAAACAAGCUUAUCUCCUCUCCCUACCCUAAGCAACUCCUCUUUAUCUGAGCUAAGGCUUUUGAUCGUGGGGACGGGGCAUUGACCAACACUGGAGGCGCCGGCUGCAACUGUUUUAUCAGAGGCUUAUGAGGUGCUUCCUUAUGGCUGUCAGCGGAAGCUCAGGGCUAGCACGCUGAAGCUGAUUUGGAGAGCCUGUGUCUCACUGUUUGUUUCUAUGUGUGGUCAUCAGAGUCACACAGACAAGGCAGGUGUGGGGGCUUCACAGGCAGCACCUGUAAGAUGCUGGUUUCCCCUUAAUUGCUGGUAGAAGGUGGCCUUGCUUUAGCCACGGAGGCCAUGGGAAGGCAAAAGGAGGGAAUGCCAGCCGAAACCCAGUGACCACAUUUGCUUUCUUGUCAGGCUUUAUCUUUCUUAGGUGUUGCCUUAGAGCAGGAACAUACCCAGGGCCAGAACCUCCCACCUGACCCCUGUCCUUGCCACUAUAGGUACCUCCACAGGCCAGAGGGCACAUGACCAUGCCAGCCCUGCUCCCUCACUUGACUCCUGGGAAGAUUGGUGCUACCUAGGAAGAGAGUACAUAGAUAAGACCCACAGAAAAGAGUUGGGGCUUCCCACCUUGCUGCUAAGAUUGCUAUAUAUGGCCAUGUAAUCAUCCUAUGGGUGGGGGAAGGGACAUUUGGAAUGUCAUUUCUAUGUGUCCUUUUUCUUCCGUUCAUGACAAGAGGCUGACAGUAACUCUGGUUCUGAUUUGCCAUUCUAGUAUUGUGUUCUCCCAUCAGGUCUUUCUUUAUCUGUUCUUACUACCUCUCCAUCAGUGUGAUUCUGGUGAUGCACUCUGUGGCUGUGUUGUUCCUAAUGAGGGUGACACAAAAUGACUAUAAAUAGCACUGACUCUGCAGCAACCCAUUUGAAAUUAGGGUAGAGACACACACCCCUCUCCACAGGUUAGGAGGUUGAGCUAGGCUAUAUAUUUAGCCUUUUUUCCUGUUCUCCCACACAUGUGUAAAGACUUCUAAAGGAGUUUCUUUUUGAUUUGUAUAAGAUAGUAUGAGAAACGUGAUAAAGCCAAGAACCUUAACUGAAACAUGCCCUCCUGGUAGUUAAUAAAAACAAAGUAGGAGCUGAAAACAUCUAUUGCUAAGUUGGACUGAGUAGGCAUGGAAGGGCUGGCAUAGACAGUCCAAGGUUCUUGCUGCUGCCUGUUGGAGGGAGAGCUGGUAGAAUGCUGCAAAACCAGAUUUUAGAGAGGAGUUAGAUUUCCUGUCAGAAGUAUUAUAAGACUCCUCAGCUGCCAUCUCUGAACUGAUUCCAUUUAGGAUGCCAGGCAGAGUGCAAAUGAACCCCCAGAACUUGAAGAUGCUCAAGAUUCCAAAUGUCCUAAAUCACAGCCAUAUGUUAGUGAACUUAGGAAAAGCAAUGAAUUUAUCAUUUGUCACUGUGAAUUUAGGAAAAGCAAUGAAUUUAUUGCCUGUCUUUAUGAACAGCUUUGACUUUGGACUAUGCUUUGCAAUCCAAGAUCAUGACUUGGCCAUCUUAUAAGCAGGAACCUCUUAGAAGUCCUCAGAACAAGGACAAAUGGGACCAGCUCUAACCUGGUGGGUUUGUGGAUUAGCUGGGCAUGCCUUCUUUGCUGUCAUUCUUUGUCAUAAAGUAUGGGAGGCGGCCACAUGCUCUGGGAUGCUUGGAUGGAAGAAAAGAUGCUCUGCCCUGCUUCCCUCUUUGUUGAAAGACCCAGUUGGCUGUGCCACUGCUCUGCCUUUCUCUUCAGUUACUCCCACUUUUGCCUGCAGGAAAUUCCACUGUUAGGCCCCUACUUCUGUUUGGGAGGUAUUUUGAGAGUGUCAAGAUUAGCAGACUAUAUACUUGAUGCCUAAAACUGUACACAUUACCCUGGUAACCAAGUAAAUCCAAAUUUAUUUAUUUAUUUAUUUUUUGGUUCUUUGUUGCCCUUUCCCAAAAAUGGAAUUCAGGAUAGCAGUAUUCUUCUAAGUAUCAACAGUUGGAAUUUAAAAAAAUAAAGAGAAAAACUGUUGGAGUGGCCCAUCAUCUCCUACUCCACUGUAAUCCACUGCAGGGCUGGCUCUGAUGGUUAAGAUGAAUCCGCUUCAGGCUGGGAGAUCUGAGAGCAGGAUGCACUGUGUGUUCAGAGCCUUCUACCAAGGUACAUUUCCUUGGCAUUAUGACUUGAUAAAACUGAGAGCAUUUGCUACAACUUUAGCUUUUUUAGUAUAAAAGCUCAAGCCAAGGUAAAUGAGGAGGCCCUUGGGAACACAGUGACCCUUGUACCAGGCUAGGAGGUUACAAGCCCCUGAGACUGAGUGUCCAGAAUAUCAGCAUGCAGGUUCUAUGUUUAACUGCAGGUGGAGUGAUGUGGGUGUUAACUUUUAUUUUGAUCACCUUGUAGUCUUUUAAACCCUUGGUCUCUGAGGCCAAGUCCACAACUUGCCUUCCAGUCACUUGCCUGCUGGUAGAAUGGAAUCAGUCACUAAUCUUUGUGUCCUGUCUUGGCUGGGGCCAUAUAGGAGCAGCUUAGCUACUAAGGCCCAGAGAACCUUUAUCCUCCUUCUCCUUGAAGGAGAGAAAUUGAACUGGUGAAAUCAGCGUCUUCUGCAGCAUGGGAAGAAGAAAAUAAAAAUCUCCUUUCCAACAA